AUGACGACCCAGUUUGACCGUAUCUACUAUGGGCUGUCGCCAGAGGUUGGCAAAUUCCGAGUGGCAGCGACUGGUAUGGGCUGGAAGGGCUCCGAAACGAACACGGUCGUUACCCUUGAAGGAUCGAGAAUCAAAUGGGCGCAGUGGUUGCGCGUUGCACGCAACUUUCAAUUGAGGGUCGGCCUUUCUGACCAUACAAGGCAGAAAUUCGACGGUUUCUUGCGCGAGGAACACGAUAAACUCGCUUCUCUCCUCAAAAACCACUUUGGAAUUACUCUAGAAACCCAGGAAGUCUCGUUCAGAGGGUGGAAUUGGGGUGUGGCUGAUUUCAGAGGCGAGGAACUCGCAUUCCUUGUCCAAGACAAAACCGCUUUCGAGCUCCCAUUAAAUCAAGUUGCCAACUCCAACAUCGCUGGCCGAACAGAAGUCUCCCUCGAAUUCGCCAGCAUUGCCGGAUCCUCCAAAGGACCAGGAAAGCAAGCCGGAGAUGAGAUGGUCGAAAUUCGAUUCCAUGUUCCAGGAGCUGUUCCUAAAGUCAAAGGCUCAGAUGCAGGUUCCCAGGACGGCGAGCAGGAUAACGAGGACGAAGAAGAAAUCAGCGCCGCGCAAGCCUUCCACGAGACGAUCAAGGAGCGUGCCAACAUCGGUCAGAUUACUGGCAACAUGAUUCUCAGCUUCGAGGAAGUGCUGGUCCUUACUCCUCGUGGCCGAUAUGAUAUGGACAUGUUCCGCGACUUCUUGCGUCUGCGCGGAAAGACAUACGACUACAAGAUCGUUUUCACAAGCAUUUCACGUCUCUUCCUGCUACCCAAAGAUGAUCAGCAUGUUCUCUUCAUUGGUCAAACACGCUACCAAUACUUGGUCAUGCAGUUCACUCGCGAGGAAGAAAUCACUGCCGAGCUGAACAUCAGCGACGAGGACCUUGCCAAGUACGACAAACUGAAAAAGAAUUACGAAGACCCCACCUACGAAGUCAUCUCGAGCGUCUUCCGAGCCCUCUCCGGCAAAAAGAUCAUCGGUGCUGGCAGCUUCCAAAGCCGUGACGGCCACCCAGGCAUCAAAGCCAACUUGAAAGCCAUCCAAGGCGACCUCUUUAUGCUCGAAAAAUACAUCUUCUUCGUCUCCAAAGCCCCUACCCUCAUCGAAAUCUCCGACAUCCACCAAGUCGUCUUCUCCCGUGUCGGAGCAAGCAUGGGCGCCGCCGCCGCUCGUACAUUCGACCUUAAAAUCAUCACCAAGAGCGGUCCUGAAUACAACUUCACGUCGAUCAACAAGGAGGAACACGAGGUCACGGAGGCGUAUUUGAAGGAUAAGAAGGUUAGGGUGAAGAAUGAGAUGCUGCCAGACGCGGACCUGUUGCUGGCUGCUGCGGGUGCAGAUGACGACGAUGACGACGAUAUGGCUAGUGUUAUCAGCUCUGAAGAUGGAAGAGUGAGAAACCGACCAUCGAGAGGCGGAGAUGACGAGGACAGUGAAGAAGAUGAGGACUUCCAAGUAUCCGACUCCGACUCUGGUUCUCCAAGUGACACAGAUUCUGACGGGUCAGGCGCCGAGACGGCUUCAGACGCUAGCGGAGAUCUCCAAUUCACCGCUCCAGUCAAGAAGAAGAAAGUCAAGGGCAAAGACGCUGCGGAGGGCAAGAAGGCCGGGAAGAAGAAAGGAAGCGGUUCUGAAGACGAGGCUCCCAAGAAGAAAGCGCCGGCUAAGAAGAAGGCGAAGAACGAUGAUGCAAUGGAUGUUGACGAGGAUAAACCCAAGCCGAAACCCAAACCAAAGCCCAAAGCGAAGGCCAAUGACAGCGACGUUGAGGUUAUGGACGUCGACGAGGAUAAGCCCAAGCCCAAGCCUAAACCCAAACCCAAACCCAAGGCCAAGAAGCCCUCUGAAGAUGACGCUGAGCCCCCGAAGAAAAAGCUUAAGACCACUGACUAG